UCUCCAUUCUAUCGCUAUCGGAGGAGCUCUGGUUCUCGCCGGAAACCUCGAUUCCUUGCUGGAACGCUAGGAAAUUUUUUCCGUUCGUUGGCGGCGCCUGGAAAUCUUUUCUAUCUCCGCGGUCGUCUCAGGUUGAAUAUAUAUGGUUAUGCCUCCCAGUGAUGAGGUUGAAGAUGGUCCUUUUGUACUGAGAUUGCAUAAAUGGGGUCCAGAGCAAUUUAAUUUAGAGUUGUCAGAUUAUUGUGAGGCUUUAAUUUCUCCGACUAGGGAGUUAUUGCUCUUGCUUUCUUAUCAGCAUGAGGCCAUAUUGCUUCCUCUGAUCACGGGGGAAAUUUGUUCAUUUGACAAGGAUCAGUCAGUCAGGGGUAAUGUUGAGGGGCUUGAAGAAUCAAGUUCCUGUUCUGCAGAGCAGACAACUGUAUGUUUGUUGGACUCAUCAGACAAUGUUCCAUGCACAACACAAGCUGUAGAUAGGGUAUCAAAUGUUGGUUCGUCAUCAAACUGCUAUACUGCUAUUUCUGGCAUAAAGUCAUCAACAUGGGGACACUGGGGAGAUACAUAUGGUGAUUCAAAGAAUUCUAGUUAUAGGGAACUGCUUGUAGCGUCAGAUUUUAGUAGCAUUACUGUUCAUACUUUUCUUUAUCCGUAUGCAAACCUGGAAGUAAACGAACAAACAUCUGAAGGAGCAUCUUUAGAUGGCAAGUGGAUUGAAUGGGGACCCACUCAUGGGGUUGGGAAUGCUGGCUCAUCGGGUUCCUCUUCUACACAGAAAAUUUGGCUAAAAUCUUACCUUACAGAAGUCAACUCAGCUGAGUUUGCUAGUAAUUUUCUUGUGAGGUUUCCUGGAAAAUCUAUCCUUCCUCACUCUGCAGAGGUCAUGUCAUUCAGCAUUUUUGAGAGCACAUUGACAUUCUUGGAGUUUUAUUCUUUUUAUAGUCCUAAGGAAAACCAAGGCUCUGGAGCCACCAUCGAACAAGGGAUUGAGGCACUGAUUUCAGAAUGCAUGUCUGACCUGUCAAUCAUGAAUAAUAAUGGUAGUUCUGCUGGCAUGACAUAUUACUGUCCAAAAGUGUUCUCCAACUCUUCAAACUGCAUAAUUGGUCUGGUUUUGACUCUUUCAGAGCAUCCAUUAUUUGAAACUUGUGAAGAAUUUCUACGAAAUGCAAAUGAGGUAUUUGUGGUGGUUGUGAAGCUAUACCAGUGGGGCAUGCAGUGGGUUUGUGCAGUAAAACCCCAGAGUCUCUAUACUGGCCCAGAAUGGGCUGAUUUCCAGUUUACAGAGGACUUCCUUAUCUGUCUUAACUCUACAGGGUUUAUUUGCAUUUGGAACGUGAACACUGGUAGUCCUGUCACCAGUUUUGAUGCCCUAAGGGACUGUGGUCUGAUUGCAAAAAACGACUCUAGGUUGGACGAACCUUUCCUCUCUGGGAAACGAGUUUCAUCUGUGGCAAUUCAUGGUUCUCAAGAGGAAGAGAAUGACACUUGCAAGGCUAAUAGAAAUGGUAGCAGUUCUAGAGCUACUGUUUCUAGUAGAAAGUUCAGAAGGAUUCUGGUUUCUUCACAUUCUUCUCUUCUUGCUUCAAUUGAUGAACAUGGAGUAAUCUAUGUGUUAUGUGCUGAUGAUUAUAUAUAUGCAAAACAUUGUGCUAUUAAUAAUCUUACGGCUACUUCUCAUUAUUCUAAUAUUGGCACUCUGGAGGUCUGGAGGAUUGCUGGUGCUGAGAUAGGUGGUCCGAAGGUCUUUCCUGGUCUUAAGAAAGUCCAAUCUUCAAAUGCUUCUGAACCUUCCUUCAAUGGUCACAGGGAGGAUGCUAAUCAAAUGAGACAAGAACUUGUGUAUGCCAAAGGUAAAAGAAGACUAGUUGGUACUGAUUUGAGCGGAUUUUCUUCUGUUUCACAGAUAAAAGGUUCUCCAGUUCCUCUGAAAACUAAAAUGUCUUCAACUUCUGUGCGAAGGAUAUUUCUUCCUGCAUAUAGGUCUAACAAGGAGGAUGUUGUAUGCCUUUCACCUUUUGGUAUUACAAGACAUAUCAGAAGUUGUGGUCUGAAGGAAGAUAAAAACUGUAGAAUCAUUCACAACUGUUUACAUGGAGAUUUACCUGUCAUAGACGAAAGAGAUUUUACUACAUGCUUGCCGUCCAGAAAGUUUAUGACAAAAGAAUUUAUUUUUAAAGGAAAAUCAAUUGGUUCUCUUCUUCAGGGCUACUUAUAUAUGGUGACUCAAGAUGGUCUGUUUGUGAUUCUUCCAUCAGUUUCGAUUUCAUCUGAUUUGCUGCAGGUCAAAACCUUGAGAUAUUGGCAGCCAAGUACUGCUGCACAUUGUAAUAAUCAAGCAAAAAGUUUUAUGGAGUUAUAUAACUCUAGAGAGCUAUGGAAUCCUUGGCAAAUUGAGGUCUUGGACAGAAUACUCUUAUAUGAAGGCCCUGAAGAGGCAGAUUGCAUUUGUUUGCAAAAUGAUUGGGACCUGAAAAUUGCUCGACUUCGUCAGAUGGAGUUGGCGUUGCACUACUUGAAGCCUGAUGAGAUAGAAAAAUCUUUGGAUAUGCUUGCUCAGGUGAAUCUGGCAGAAGAAGGCAUCUUGAGGUUGUUAUUUACUUCUCUAUAUCAGAUCUCUUGCAAAAGGAGUGACAAUGAGGUGGCAUUGGCAUUUAGGUUAUUGUCUCUUGCCGCUUGCUUUGCUACAAAGAUGGUUCGAAAAUAUGGUUUAGGACAGCCCAUGCAAGACGAGCAAUGUAGUUUGCCCAAACAUUAUUCCAUUGAAGUUAGCAAUGCAAGAAGGCUGUCUGAGAUGGCUCACUUUUUGGAGGUUAUCAGAAAUAUCCGGAGUCGACUUAGUACAAAAGGCAGAAGGCCAGGUCAAGGCGUGAUUCUAGAUGGCAGAGAGACAUCUAAUGUGGUUGAUACAUAUGGUGCGCAAGAUGAUUCUCCGCUUCCAAUUGUUGCAGCAGAUGGUGGGUCAUCAAGUCUGCAGGAUCUGUUGGAUGGCCAGAGAGCAGAAUCAAAUUUCCCUGGAUCAGAGUUUGAACCUAACAACAUUGAUGAACUAGCUCUGUCACUGGCUAAAUCUUCAGUCACUGCAUUGGACGUGCUUGAGUUAGAUGGUAAUCAGAAGAGGAAAGUAAUGUCUUUGGAGAACUCGAGGGAUAUGAUUACACGUUGGGAAAUGGACCAUCUUGACCUAAGAAUGGUUGUGAAAGACGCCUUACAAUCUGGCCGUCUUCCUCUUGCAGUUCUACAGUUGCAUAUUCAACGUCAAAGGGAAUUAGUUGCUGAAGAUUCUCAUGAUAUGUUCAGUGAAGUUGGCAAAAUUGGAAGAGCUAUAGCUUAUGAUCUGUUCUUGAAGGGUGAAAGUGGACUAGCUGUGGCCACAUUGCAAAAGCUUGGAGAGGACAUAGAACUUGUCCUUAGACAAUUAUUGUAUGGCACUGUUAGGAGAUCACUUCGAGCUCAAAUUGCAGAUGAAAUGAAGUCAAAUGGGUAUCUUGGAACACAUGAACUCCAUAUGUUAGAGAAGAUUUCCCUUGUUGAGAGGCUUUAUCCGAGAAGUAGCUUCUGGGUGACAUUUCUUGGGAGGCAGAAGGAAAUUACUGUUGCUGCUUCAACCUUGACACCAGAACCAAAUAAACUGAAGAUAUUUUUGCAUACCAGUGACAAUCUUACCAUUGAAUGUGGUGAUGUUGAUGGAGUUGUCUGUGGUUUGUGGGUAAGCGUAGAUAACAGCUCUCCUGUAUCUGAAAUUUGUGAAGAUAAUGGUCAUGCAGGCUACUGGGCUUGUGCUUUUGCAUGGUCAAAUGCUUGGGAUGACAGAACCAUGGAACGUAUAGUGCUUGAUCAGCCUUUCUAUAUGGGAAUUCAUAUACCAUGGGAAUCACAACUUGAGUAUUAUUUGUCUCACAAUGAUCUUGAUGAGGUCUACAGAUUGUUAGAUCUGAUCCCUUCUUCUGUAUUAGCUGAUGCCACUCUUAAAGUAAAUCUGGAACUUACACAUUCAACUAGAAGUGCUCAAACUGAUAUGAAGCACUUGGAUUAUGAUAUGUACAUCCACAGUGCUGAGGAGCUAGACCCUGUGUACAUAACUAUUCCAAAUGUCAAAACUUUAACUUUUCCUGCUACUACUAGGUGCUCAUCCUGGUUAAAGUUGCAUAUGGAGCAGGAACUAGCCAAGAAGCAUAUUUUUUUACAAGAAUACUGGGGAAGUACAGUUGAUAUUGUAAGGCUUCUUGCUCGUGCAGGCUUAAUUGUCACUCCUAAAGUUUCAGCUCAUACUAAAGCCUCUAAUGGAUCUCCAUUGUUGGAAUUGACAAAGAUUGAUGAGGAAUUUCAUGAAAUCACUUCAGAAGCAUUGCAUAAGCUGGUUGUCCGAUAUUGUACCCAAUAUAAUUUGCCCAGUCUUCUGGACCUUUAUCUUGACAAUUUGGAUCUGGCCCAUGAUGAGCACUCACUUUCUUCACUUCUGGAAGCUGUGAGUGACUGCCAAUGGGCAAAAUGGUUGCUACUUUCAAGGAUCAAAGGACAUGAGUAUGAAGCAUCAUUUUCGAAUGCUCGUUCAAACUCAUCUCUUCAUUUAACCAAAAGUAGCAAUCUUCGUGCUCUUGAUAUAGAUGACAUAAUUCGUACUGUUGAUGAUAUGGCUGAAGGAGGGGGAGAAAUGGCGGCACUGGCUACUCUAAUGUAUGCCACUGCCCCAAUGCAAAAGUGUGUAUGUAGUGGAAGCGUGAAAUGGCAAUGUAGCGAUUCCUAUAAGUGCACAUUGGAGAAUCUAAGACCUUGCCUCCAGCAAUUUCCCACCCUUUGGAGGACACUUGUUACAUCAUGCUUUGGACAAGACAUGGAUGGCUGCUCUUUUAAUUCUGCAGCUAGUAAUGUAUAUGGAAAAUCAGCUCUCACAGACUAUUUAAAUUGGCGUGAGAGCAUAUUUAUGUCUACCGGAGGUGACACUUCCUUGAUACAAAUGCUACCAUGCUGGUUCCCGAAAUCUAUAAGAAGAUUGCUUAAACUCUUUUUCCAGGGUCCUUUGGGAUGGCAUACUCUAUCAGGUGACAUUCCUUCCGAGAAGCAUUUUCUCUAUGCAGAACACAGUUAUGAUUUUAUUUCAAAUGGAAAAGCUGCAUGUAAUGCUCUUUCGUGGGAAUCAAACAUUCAAGAAAGUAUUGAGAGGGAACUAUAUUUGUCACUUGAGGAAAAUGCCUUCGAAGUAGAACAUCAUCUACAUCGGGGUCGUGCACUCGCAGCUUUUAAUCAUCUCCUUGGACUUCGGGCACUAAAACUGAAAUCAGCACAAGAUUUAUCUGGACAAGCUAACAUUCAGUCAAAUGUGCAGAUGCUUCUUGCUCCUCUUACUCAAAGUGAAGGAUCACUUCUUUCUUCUGUCAUGCCACUUGCUAUCAUGCAUUUUGAAGAUACUGUAUUGGUUGCUUCAUGUGCUUUUCUGUUGGAACUUUGUGGGUUAUCUGCCACCAUGCUGCGUGUGGAUGUUGCAGUACUGCGCCGUAUUUCUUCCUACUAUAGCUUGGUCACUCAUGGUUCUCAGCAUGACCCUGCUUCAUCUAAGGGUUCUUUAUUUAAUGCAACAACACCUCACAAAACUGACCUUGCAAUGUCUCUUGCUCGGGCAUUAGCAGAUGAUUAUGUUCAUCAUGAUGGGCAUAGGUCUUUGGAACAGAAAAAUGAUGGUAAUCAUUGCUCAAGAAGUAAAAAGUCAUCUCAUUCUCUUAGGACUGUCUUACAUCAUCUGGAAAGAGCAAGCUUACCAACACUGGAGGAAGGCAGAACUUGUGGCUCUUGGCUUUCAAGUGGCAUUGGUGAUGGGUCUGAAUUUCGUUCUCAGCAGAAAGAUGCAAGCCAGCGCUGGAAAUUAGUGACCACCUUUUGUCAAAUGCAUAAUAUUCCUUUAAGCACAAAAUAUCUUGCUGUACUUGCUAAUGACAAUGAUUGGGUUGGGUUCUUGACAGAAGCUCAGAUGGAGGGAUAUCCAAUGGAUAUAAUCAUCCAGGUGUCAGCCAAGGAAUUCAGUGAUCCACGACUCAAAACCCACAUACUGACAGUCCUGAAGAGCAUGCAUUCAGCAAAAAAGACAAGUAACUCAUCAACAAAUGAAUGUUCAGAAAAAAGUAUUGGAAACUCCUUUCUCAGUGAAUGCAGCAAAGUCAUCCCUGCAGAACUAUUUGGGCUUCUUGCUGAGUGUGAAAAAGAGCAAAAUCCAGGAGAGGCCCUUCUAAUAAAGGCAAAAGAUUUACGCUGGCCUCUCUUAGCAAUAAUUGCCUCAUGCUUUUCUGAUGUGUCAGCCUUAUCAUGUUUAACAGUCUGGCUUGAGAUUACUGCAGCAAGGGAGACAUCAUCAAUCAAGGUUAAUGAUAUCCAUGCCAAAAUUGCAAAGAGUGUUGGACUGGCUGUAGAGGUUAUGAAUGCAUUGCCAGCUGGAAGUAGAACUCUUACAUGUCGUUACAAUCGGAGAAAUCCAAAGAGAAGGCGGUUGAUGGAGCAUGAAUUAGGUUCUAUGGUUGGUCUGUCUUUCAACUCUUCAACAGCAUCAAGUCCAGCCAUGGUUUCUAUUGUCCAAGGGUUAGCCAGUGAGGAGGAAGCAAAAUGGAAGUUUAAUAAACAAAUAAAAGUUUGCAGUGAUGUUGAUGAGGGGCUUAGUUCACUGACAAAUAUGGUUGCGGUCCUCUGUGAACAACAUCUAUUUUUCCCUUUGUUGAGGGCUUUUGAAAUGUUUUUGCCAUCAUGUUCUCUUCUUCCUUUCAUUCGUUCCCUUCAGGCAUUCUCGCAAAUGCGGUUAUCAGAGGCUGCAGCACACCUUGCAUCAUUUUCAGCCAGAAUAAAGGAAGAACCUUUACCAGGACAAUUAAACAUUACAAAAGAUGCACAAAUUAAGACCAAUUGGAUAAGCUCAACUGCUGUAAAAGCUGCAGAAGCCAUGCUGUCAACAUGUCCAUCAGCAUACGAAAGAAGGUGCUUAUUGCAACUUCUAGCGGCAGCUGAUUUUGGAGAUGGUGGAUCUGCUGCCACUUAUUUCCAACGAUUGUUUUGGAAAAUCAAUUUAGCUGAACCUUCCUUACGCAAAGAUGAUGAGAUAUAUCUAGGAAAUGAAACUCUGGAUGAUGCUUCCCUUUUAACUGCAUUGGAAAAGAAUGGGCAAUGGGAAAAAGCUCGUAAUUGGGCUAGACAACUAGAAUCAAUUGGUUCAUCGUGGAAGUCAGCUGUUCACCAUGUUACUGAAACACAGGCUGAAGCCCUGGUUGCAGAGUGGAAGGAGUUUCUGUGGGAUGUUCCAGAAGAAAGAUCUGCUUUAUGGAACCACUGUCAAACACUUUUCUUGAGAUAUUCCUUCCCUCCAUUGCAGGCUGGAUUGUUUUUCCUCAAACAUGCAGAAGCCAUUGAAAAAGAAAUUCCAGCAAGAGAGCUACAUGAAAUGCUCUUACUUUCGCUACAGUGGUUGAGUGGAACUAUGUCUCAAUGCAACCCAGUUUAUCCUUUACAUCUUCUGCGGGAGAUUGAGACGAGAGUAUGGCUCUUAGCUGUUGAGUCAGAAGCUCAAUCAAAACCUGAUGGUGACUUUACCUCCCAUAACUCUGUCCAUAACCUAAACAGUGGAAAUAGUGCCAGCAUCAUUGAACAAACUGCAAGUAUCAUCGCAAGAAUGGACAAUCAUAUAAAUGCCAUGAAGAUGAGAACAACAGAGAAAAAUGGCUUGAAGGAAAGCAUCUUUGCCCACAAUCGACAUUUACAAACCUCAGAUUCUAAUAACUCACCUGCAGCAAACAAUGCAAGGAGUAAGCGAAGGGGUAAAGCCUAUUUUCCAUUAAGAAGACCGGCCAUAGAUGGUGUAGAUAGCAAUAAUGAUGCUGAUGAAUCUCCAAGCUCUCCGCACACUCUUAAAAGCAGUAUUGAACCAUCUAAGAAUUUGCAAUUGCAGGAAGAAAAUGUGAAAAUAGAAGUUUCUGUUUCAGGAUGGGAAGAAAGAGUUAAGCCUGCAGAGUUGGAAAGGGCUGUUCUGUCACUUCUUGAAUUUGGACAAAUAACAGCUGCCAAGCAACUUCAACACAAGUUAUCCCCAUCAAAUGUGCCAUCUGAGCUGCUACUUGUCGAUGCUGCAUUAAAACUUGCUGCUCUUUCCUCUUCCAGUAAUAGUGAAGAAGUUGCUGAAUCUCUUUUGGAUCAUGGAGUACUUUCAGUUCUUCAAUCACAUGAUGUGCCCAGGGGAGAUCAAAUGAUUGAUCCAUUGCAGUCCUUGGAGUAUUUAGCAACCAAGUGUGGUCAUGGCUGUGGGCGUGGUCUAUGUAGGAGAAUAAUUGCAGUUGUUAAAGCUGCUAAAGUAUUGGGCCUUUCAUUUAGUGAAGCAUUUGAAAAACGGCCAAUUGAAUUGCUGCAAUUGCUUUCUCUCAAAGCACAAGACUCACUUGAGGAAGCUAAACUCUUGGUCCAGACUCAUACUAUGCCUUCGUCAAGCAUUGCCCAGAUUCUUGCUGAAUCUUUCCUCAAGGGCCUGUUGGCUGCACAUCGUGGAGGAUAUAUGGAUUCUCAAAAGGAAGAAGGACCGGCUCCUCUUUUAUGGAGAUUCUCUGAUUUUUUAAAGUGGGCAGAACUGUGCCCUUCAGAACAAGGAAUUGGUCAUGCAUUGAUGCGCUUGGUUAUGACUGGACAGGAAAUACCGCAUGCUUGUGAGGUUGAGCUUCUCAUACUAGCACAUCACUUCUAUAAGGCUUCAGCCUGUCUUGAUGGGGUUGAUGUCCUUGUUACCCUUGCAGCAAAUAGAGUUGAAUCUUAUGUUUCUGAGGGGGAUUUUUCUUGUUUGGCUCGCCUCAUUACUGGUGUGAGCAAUUUCCAUGCCUUGAAUUUCAUUCUUAACAUCCUUAUAGAAAAUGGUCAGCUGGAACUUCUGCUUCAGAAGUAUUCUACCGCAGAGACAGCUUCAAGUACAGCUGAGGCAGUUCGAGGUUUCCGAAUGGCUGUUCUUACUUCAUUGAAGCUUUUCAACCCUCAUGAUCUUGAUGCAUUUGCUCUGGUUUACAGCCACUUCGAUAUGAAGCAUGAGACAGCCUCACUACUAGAGUCCAGGUCUGGCCAGUGUAUCCGACAGUGGUUCAUGCGUCGGGACAAGUACUGGCAGACUGAGGACCUUCUUGAGGCCAUGCGUUACCUCAUUGAGGCUGCUGAAGUCUACUCCACUAUUGAUGCUGGCCACAAGACAGAUCGGGCUUGUGCACGUGCAUCCCUCCUGUCCCUCCAGGUCCGUAUCCCUGACAUUCAGUGGAUUGACCUCUCUGAAACCAAUGCUCGCCGGGUUCUGGUUGAGCAGUCUCGCUUUCCUGAAGCCCUUAUAAUAGCAGAAGCCUACAACUUAAAUCAGUCUGGUGAAUGGGCUUUGGUCCUAUGGAACCAAAUGCUAAAGCCUGACCUUGUUGAACAAUUUGUGGCCGAGUUUGUAGCUGUGCUUCCUUUGCAGUCAUCAAUGCUUCUUGAGUUGGCAAGAUUUUACAGGGCUGAGGUUGCUGCAAGGGGUGACCAAUCUCAUUUUUCUGUGUGGCUUUCGCCUGGAGGUUUACCUGCUGAGUGGGUGAAACAUUUGGGAAGAUCAUUCAGAAGUCUAUUGAGGAGAACACGGGAUCUGAGAGUUAGGAUGCAAUUGGCUACAGUUGCAACUGGUUUUCUUGAUGUGGUAGAUUCAUGCAUGAAAUUGUUAGAUAAGGUCCCAGAAAAUGCAGGCCCCUUGAUCUUGCGGAAGGGUCAUGGUGGGGCAUACCUGCCACUAAUGUAAGGCAAACAUCACAAGCAUUUCUCGUUGAAAGAAAAAGAAAAUUUCUUGGCAAGGUAGUCAAGAGCGCCGAUUCAGGCCAUUGUUGAAGAUUUUCCGUGAAGACGGCAGUAGAAACAGUGUUACUUGGAGCAGAUUUCUGGGAGGAAUCUCUAUAGCUUCAAUUACAUAGUAUACGUUUGGUUUAUACAAAAGGUCAUUUAAGUUAUGUUUGUUCUUCUGUAAAUUGUUUUUUAGUUGGCUGCGCAUUCUCUUGUGAGACAGCUGGGUGAGGUGAGUUUUUCGACCUUAUCUUGGCUGGAGAUUUUGUUGAAGUGGUUCCUAUCCAUCAUUAGGCUUCCAAUGGAGUAGUACAUUUAGCAUUCGCUAUUCUUUUGAGUGUUGUAUAUUAUACUGUUCUAUUUUUUGUCAUGUAUAAAGGAACAGCCUCUUUUUCCUACAGA